AUGUUUUACCGAAGUGUUUUAUUAUUAUUUACUUUUAUUAAUGUCGCUAAGGCAUUGCCCUAUGAUGUGCAUUGGUUGGGUGGUCCCACAACUAUAGAACGGGACAUUUAUCCCACAAAACAAACAGUUGACAUAUAUUGCUACAGUGGAAAUUCGAAAAAUCUAUUCGCAUUAUGGCAAACAGUCAAGUUCAACAUAAAAGUCAAGAAUGACGAGUUUAGCCAAUAUAUUGGUCCAAAUCCAGAGGAAGUUUACAAGGACUAUACUGAGAACAGCUAUGGCUGGGCUGUUGUUAACCCAUUUCAGAGAAAGUCAUAUAAGAGUGUCUCCAUUGACCUCUUCGGCCCAACUUGCAUGGCCAUCAACACACAGCACCGUCACAGUAUUGAGCUGCUUAUUCAAAGAGUGGACAUUUGGCGAGUGUUACUUAUGACUUUGGGCAUAGUAUUAAUAUUCUCAUCUAAAACAUUAAGUGGGAACCCAUUAUUUUUCUACCUCUGUGGCAUACUUGUUGGAGUUUCAGCUUCUUUUAUGCUACUGGUAUAUUAUGUCAGCAAAUUGCUACCUAGGAAAACUUUAACAUAUGGCAUAUUGAUUGGAGGCUGGACAGUUGGAGUAUACAUGCUGCAACAGAUUUGGGAGAACAUACGAAGCAUUGUGGUUUCAUACCAGACUUACAUCUUUUGGUACACCCUUAGUGUCAGCUUUGUGAGUUUUGUGGUGUGCUACAGAAUUGGACCACCUAAGAACGAGAGGAGUAAAAACCUUGUGAUGUGGACACUCCAGGUUGUCGGAGUGCUGAUGGUGUUCUUCAGCAGCCAGUACCAGGAAGCGUCCGCGGCCGUUGCGAUUACUGCAAUGUGUGUCAAAUACUUCCCGCAGAGCUUGGUAUACAGAUUACAAGGAUAUUGGCGGCGCCGCUUCCCGCCGAAGCCCCGGCUGCUGAGCAGCGCCGAGUACUACGAGCAGGGCGCCCGCGAGACGAAGCGCGCGCUGGACGAGCUGCGCCGCUACUGCAGCAGCCCCGACUGCGCACAGUGGAGGGUCAUGCUCCGCAUCAGCGACGCGAAGAGGUUCGCGAGCUUCGUCGAAGGAAACUCUCAUCUAAGUGACGAAGAAGUACUAGACUAUGAGUCAUAUGCUUUUUCUAUGGAGAGGAGCAAACCAGUCGCCAACUCGACCAGAAAUAACUUGGACAUCUCCGAAGACGACUCCACGGAUGAAGAGGACCCUGAAUACUAC